AUGUUGGGCGUGAGUCAGCCGGGCAACACGCCCUCGAGCUUGCGGCACUCGGCGAGCUUCUCGUGCUUGCAACGCGGCACCGCCGGCGAGGGUCAUCGCGCGAGGACCUCAACAUUGCUGCAACAGCCGAGUCUGCAGCUGAGCAACGGUCAUCAUCAGUACACGUCCGGCGGCCAGGCGGCGGCAGCUGCGGCCGCGGCGGCCGCGCAUUGCUCCCUCCUGCAGCAUCACCAGCAACAGUCCCGCGAACCGUUCGAUUCCGUCCUUCAGGACGGCAACGAUUACGGCUUCGUGAGGAUCCGACCACGGUUGCGCAGCACGAACGCGACCUUGUAUCACGAGGAGGAGGUGGCGGCCGCGAAGAACGCCCUGAGGGAACAGCGCGACGCCGCCGCGUUUAGCGACCGAGAGUGCGACUCCAACUUCAGGGACUGCCCGUUGAAAGUCAAGGAUCACCGCGACCUCUCGCCGAAGGGAGCGGCCAAGAACCAGAAUCCAUUGCGGGGCGCGUUGAUUCUCUUUACCUCGACGUCGUCCUGGUGGAAGGCCCGACAACGGGAGGAACAGCUGAAUGCAACCGGCGGGACCGCUGGCGCAAUCAGCGCACCGUCGUCAGAACGGAAAUGGUCGGGUACUUCGAUGGCGUCACCCUCGAACGAGAGAAAGUGGCCGUCCUCGAUGACGUCGCCUACGAACGAGCGGAAGUGGUCCGUGGGUAACAGCCUACUGACGUCACCGUCGAACGAGAGGAAGUGGAACAGGUCCUCGGUUUCAUCUACAACGACGAAUCAACAGGACCGGAAGUGGCGAUCCCUCGGCGCACUUUUAAGGACUCCUGUCGGCGCGAGCGGUAGCUCUCACGCCAGCCAGAACUCCCUGUCGCAUAACAUGAGCGUAUCCAUGAUCGAGGGCGAUCACUUCCGCGAGGAGUCGCGCGGCUCGAGCUGCAAGACGCGCUACCAACAGCCGACUUCCUACUCGGCACGAGUGUCCCGUGUCAGUAGAGACGUUUACCGGGAGAAUGGAGAGUUUGGUCAGGUUGCCGGCAGGUCGAAGGUCAGCCGUAGGUUGUACCAAGAUAGCGAACCGGUAAACGAGCUCGACGAGAGACACGUUCCGCAGCGUAGCCGACAUCAGCUGGAUGACCCCGAACAAUGCAGGAGCACCCGAGAAGGACGCGAGCACUGCCGAGCCGCGGAGCAGAGCGCCGUGGAGGCCCGCGGCACGACCUCCAUUACACGAUCGAGCCGCGCGCAGAGCUUUUAUCUUCUGGACGACUUCCUGCGGCCGCAGCCGCAGCAGCCGAGCAACAAGUGCAUGCUGAAUCUAUACAUGUCCCCGUCGCACGCCGUCAAGUGCGGCAACGAGCACGGCAGGUCGUGCGAGGUCAGGCAGGCGACCUGCCAGCAGGCGAACGUCAGCAGCAACAUCACGCCGCCGCGACGCCACAACUCGAGCUCGGACAGCCUCGAGGUGGCCACCAGUCCGCUGCCGCCGCCGGUGCCGCCGCCGCCGCCGCAUCAGGCCGCCGGUAACGCGCGGGACCGUGAGCGGAAUGAGAACCCGAAGGAGGCGAGUAAGGACGUGUGCCCGUGCAAACUGUGCUGGACCAAUAUGCAGAGAUCCCUUGUGGAAGAGAGUCCUGGAACGUUACACAAGGAUGUCGGCGGUGCUGGUACGAAGGUCAGCGAGAAAACCGUCGGUGGCGUCGGCACGGCGACCCUCACCACGCUCUCCUCCAUUAAUAACGCAUCCAACACCGGCCGUAAUAAAAACAACCCCGUAUCUCACGAGAAACUGUCGUCUUUCUUCAACAGCAAGCCGACGCGAGUGGACAAGACGGACAACAACAAUGCAAACAAUUCUAACAGCACGAGCAACAACAUCCAUAAUAUGCCGCUGCAUGAACCCAUCAGCGCUACUUCCCCCGAAGUAUACGCCGGGAGACUGCCCAUGACGCCCCAGGAGGCGGUGAAGUAUUACGGCUCCAGACUGACGGAAUUCGAGCGCGCCGAGAUCGAGAAGUACUCGGAGAUCUGGUAUCUGGGCCUGUCGGCCCACAAGAUCCACGGCGAGGAGGUCUCCUCCCAGAACGGCGGUUACGACGACGAGAACGGCAGUUACAACAAGGUCCUGCACGAUCAUAUCUCCUACAGAUACGAGAUCCUGGAGGUGAUCGGCAAGGGAAGUUUCGGUCAGGUGAUCCGAGCGCUGGAUCACAAAACGGGACAGCACAUCGCCAUCAAGAUUAUCAGGAACAAGAAGAGAUUCCACCAUCAGGCUCUCAUCGAGGUGAGAAUCCUGGAGCAUCUCAGAAAGAAGGACCUGGAGGCGAACUCGCAGCACAAUGUGAUACACAUGCUAGAAUAUUUUUACUUCAGGAAUCAUCUGUGCAUCAGUUUCGAAUUAAUGAGCUUGAAUCUGUACGAGCUAAUCAAAAAGAACAAUUAUCAAGGAUUCAGCCUGAGCCUGAUCCGCCGUUUCGCCAACUCGCUAAUUAGUUGCCUGAGACUGCUCUAUCGAGAGAACAUCAUUCACUGCGACUUGAAACCGGAAAACGUGCUGCUGAAACAACGGGGGAGCAGCUCGAUCAAAGUCAUCGAUUUCGGCUCGUCGUGUUACAGCCACCAGCGCGUUUACACGUACAUACAGUCGAGGUUCUACAGGAGUCCGGAAGUGAUUCUCGGUCUUCCCUACGGCACGCCGAUCGAUAUGUGGAGCCUGGGCUGUAUCUUAGCCGAGCUGUACACGGGGUAUCCGCUGUUUCCGGGCGAGGACGAGAUAGAGCAACUUGCCUGCAUUAUGGAAGUCCUCGGUCUGCCACCGGAGCACAUUAUCAAUCACGCCACUCGUCGCAGGCUCUUCUUCGAUCAGAAGGGAAGCCCGCGAUGCGUGACAAACAGCAAGGGCAAGAAGAGAUGGGCAGGUAGCAAGAACCUCUCAAUGGCUCUUCGGUGCUCCGACAUGCUCUUCGUAAACUUUGUUAGCAGAUGCCUCGAGUGGGAUCCAAAGAAGCGUAUGACCCCCGACGAGGCGAUGCGUCACGAGUGGCUAACUUCGUCGUCGUCUUCGCACGUGAGCUCCUCCACGUCGGCGAUAGCCUCGUCGACGGUGAACGCGAGUGCGAACACGACGACGACGAGCGUCGACACGCCGCGGGAAUCCGCCCACGCUCCGCAGACGGUGAGCGUGACUGUGAGCGCGCCGCGGCAACGGGCGACGACGAUGGAGGACCCGCCGUACACGAUGUACCGGCUGUACAAGGGUCGCAAGUACAUGCCGAAGGUCUCCACGGGCACCGACGUCACCGACAACGGCGGCGGCCUGAUGGUGAAGAGCAAGCUGAACGGCAGCGCGAGCAGUCACGCCCUGGCGAGCAGCACGCAGACAGCGACAUCGAGGCACGCGUCGACCGGCGACAUCGUUGCGAGCCUAGACCCGAAUCUCGACGACUCAGGCACGUUCCUGCCGCCGAUAUUGUGAAGUCGGGUUUGCGCCAGCCACUUCUAAACGGGCUAACUCGCGUACCGACGCGAUCGGCAUGACGCUCACUCUUUGCACUGCCGCGGGGGGGAAGUGUGCGUCGAUGUUGUAUCACUCCGAUGUACGUCAAGAGCGGGUGCACAGUUGAACGGAAGGCGCGUGUAGAACUGGCUGGCCGCGGUCCGACGUUACCGUUUCUCGAUGCCAAACGGCUAGUUAAAAAAGAAAAAAAAACGCAGAGUCGCUAGUCUCGGCAUGUAUCGAGCUAUGAGGCCAAAAUGACGAUCUGACGACGGGAGAAGAGCGCGCACAGGCGCGUGACGAGCAAAUAGCGAUCGCGUGAUCGAUCGAUUCCGCGCGCUCCCGGGGACUCUGGCGAUCCAAUAUCACUCAGGUAAUCGUAACGAACUCGCGCGCGCGCGCAUUAUCGUAGUUAUUCGCGGAAAAAUGUAAACCUGUUGCCUACGAUGAGGAUACUAGCAAAUCGUUUCAGUGUAUACCGAUCACAUUUCGACAUGGACCAUCGUACCUAUCUGGUUCGAAUGUUUACCUCGCGCCUGUAUAAAGUGCACGACAUUAACACAGGUGACGAAGUCUCGGCCGUAGAUAUAAAAAAGAAAUUACAAGUUAAAAUUGAAAGUUUGCAUAAAAUGCGUAGUUUGCCUUGCUGUCAACGAACCGUGAGAUAGACGAUUCGCCUUCGGGCUGCGUGUUACGACGAUAAAAAGAAAAAAAAAGAAGCUCGCACGCGUAAACGCAAUCGGAAAGUAUACCGUACAGUAGCAUCGUACUUUAGAUAACUACGCCAGUGCAAAGUGGCGCGAUACGACGCACGUAUCGUGGCAACGAUAGAGAAGCGAGGAGCUCGAGGCGAAAGAGCACGUUAUGGUUGAAAACAACGAUUCGCCCGACGAUUGCAGCGUAACGUCGGGGAUUACCAUCGAAUUACGGUCGUGCCGAGAAGAACCUGAGUCGUUCGAGACCUGUGUCGCCAACACAGGGUCGCGCGAUUAAUAACGAAGCGCCAAGGCGAAGUGUCAAGAGUAACAUUAAAUACGUGAAGCGUGUGCCCCAGUUUAACGAGGCCUGAGUAGUCUUAUUGUGAUAUUAAACUACCACUGUCUUACUUAGAUCUCUCUGAUAUUAAGAAGUAACGAUUGCUAAUAUAAUAAUUUCAAUUUACUAUUAAUCAUUAUUUUCUUAUUAUCUGUAAUAAUCGCUAUAUCGCUACUAUUACCGCAAAGAUAUAGCGGCAUACAAGUAACGAGGAUUUAUCAUCGAUAUAAUGACAGAGUUAACACUACUUAUAUACGUAGGCAUGUACAGAUUUUAAUUAAUGCGUUUUUGAAGUCUCGGAACAGCAGCAAGCAGCAGCAGCAGCAUGCUAGUUCGCUUACUAUGGAUACAUAAAAAAAAAAGAAACCUGAUAAUUUUCAGUGAUUUUCAGUGAUCCCUUUAUUACCGCCGCUACACCGCUCUUCUGUUGUCAAUAAUCGUCUGCGCGACGUAACGCAUGCUUUAUUACGUCGAAAUUAAUUAAUUAAUGUUGAUUAACGCCCCGUGAGAUUCCUCUCCGCCUUCGCAGUACUACCUAUUUACGCAUUGCUCGUAAUUUUUCCCGGCAUUAAUUAGCGAUUUAUGAUUUGACGCGCCCUUUCGAAAACUUAUCACGAGCAUUUUCGCGACAUGCAGAGGAUUUGAUACAAAAAAAAGAAACACAAAACCUAUUGUAUAGUAUUAUAAUGUUAGGCUACUUUUAGACUUGGUAAUUGUUCGAUGUGCCCGUACCCAUUCUAAAGUUCCGCACGAGCUCGUAAUAAUUACAUCAUUAUGACGUUAGAAACGUGAGACGUGUCACGCUCCACCGUUUGUUGCUGUCGAGCUUCCACCACGUGGAACGUUAAUCUUCCGUUUUUCCAUGUUUCUCUAAUUCUUGAAGGUCCUAUUACACGUACGAAAACCAUCGGAGGCCCUACUAAAAACUGUAAUCCGUUUUUCAUUGCCACGGCCAAAAAUUUGAAGCAGAUGUAUGAAUUUAUCGAUAUACUCGCAAAUUCUGAUCGCGUCACAAGAGACUGAAAUGAAUCAUUAUUUUAUAUUGCUAACGAAAAAACACAUCGCGAAAUUGUUCCUAAUAGUUCGUUUUCUGCAAAUCGAUAUGUCGCCUUACUUUUAUUACACUUUUAGCCAACUCGUUCAGUUCCUCUGUCUGAAGCAUAUUGUUUGAUUCGCGGAAAGUUAUCGAACGUCUCACGAUGAAAACAAAACGAAUAAUGAAACUGAACUUUGCCGUCACACAAACGGUCCCACUUUAGCCCAAGAGAAACUCUUUUUAGGACAAUUAAUAUCGUACCAAUCGUAGUGGUAUCGCGCGACAUAAUCGGUGAAUGGCCAAUAAAACGCGAGCGGAUGUAUAUUAUAAUAAUUAAGAAUUACAUAUAUAAAUAUAUUAUUCGUAUGUGGCGAAUCUGCCCGAACGAACGACUGACGAAGUAGCGCAUAUUAUAUUAUGAUACAUGAUACACGAUUCUUACAACUUGUGGCGGGUUCGUAGCAGUCGCUCUCGAGUUAAUCGCGUCAACGUAGCGACGGAAUCAUCACGGAAGUCUCGGGUAAGCAUUUCGUUCGAUUACUCCAAACGAAAAAAAAAAAAACAAAGAAAGAGAAAAAGAAAAUUCAACGAGAGUAAUGUCUAUGAGGCGACGCUUUCUAGGGAACGAGAGAUAUAUCAAAUUGUGUAUAGAAUAAAGAUGUGACUGUGUAUGUGUGUGUAUGUAUGCGUGUGCGUGCGUGCGUUGCCUACGAGGGAGACUCGUCGUCUCUCGGUGAGAGUAAGAAAGGGAGAGUGUGGCGUAUGAUUAUGCACACACACAUAUAUCUUAUUAUUAAAAUAUAUUAUACUAUUAUACCACGUGAGGCGCGGUAACGCGCGAGGGCAAAAACGAGUUAAGUCUAGGAUACGAUAGAGGACUAAUUAGAAGAAGGGCGUUUCGCGAAGAACACGCGCGCGACUCCGUCUACGGAGUCCCCGGCCUCUCGCCCCCCCCCCAACCCCCCUCUAAAAAGAAGAAAAAAAAAUACAAAACGCCGUUCAAUUGUACAGUCUUAAGUUUUUAGUUGUGUUCACUAUUGUAUACAGCGGGAUCAAAUUAUAGUAUCUGUAUAAACGGGACGGUUGUAUAAUCUACGUGUGACGUGCAUCAUCACUUAUGCAGACCAACACACGUGCACACUCGGCACGCGCGUGUCGCCUAAAAAGAAACAUAACGAGAAGCAUGUUCGUAAUAGCGAGAAACACACUAGUGAUCGGCUUGGCCGGCGUCGGUUUACCUCGACUCAAAACCGAGUCGUUUGUCUUCUGGGAGAGACAGACGGACAUUCGCUGCUGCGAAUUUUAGAGACCGACACCGACGAAGCUGGGACUAAAGCGAUGAAAGGAAAAAAAAGAUUAAAAAAAGAGGCCAGGGCAUGUACUAUUUCAAUACCAUCCAAGAAACAGCGAAAAAAAAAAAAUCGAGCGAAAGUCCAUGUCCUUCGACUGAAAGCUAUUCGACUUCGCACCUGGUCGAUUCGUCGUUCGCGAACGGAACAGUUGUCGCCGUACGCCGCGAUUUCCCCACAACGGCGCGGACGGAAAAGGGAGACAGUGGCUUUUUCUAGUCCAGGAUGUAACGAACGUGCUCCGAACGUACACACACACACGUCUCACUUGAACACGAGGGAGAGGAAAAAAAAAUAAGAGAAAGAGGAAAGAGUUCCCUCCGGCUUCAGCGAAGGAAUGCUACGCGCGACGUAUAUAUCCGUUAAGUCGGUGUGCAACUAAUUAACGAAUUUUAACGACGCGAUUAGACACUAUCGAAUUAAAUUAAGUAUAAUACGCGUGCGUGUGUGACCCCCUCUCCCCUUCCCGCGACGGAUAACGCGUCCGACGAGGAGGACCCUGCGUUUUGUUGCGAAGGAGCCACCGUUACGACGGCCGAGCCUCGUAGAUCAUCCUAGUAGGACAAUCAUAAAGUUACGCGUUUGUGUUAGACGCGCUAGUAAGUUUUCAUUAGACGAUAGAGACGCGAGUGACCGUAUAUACGAGGAGGGGGGGAGUACCCCUCGUUCGAGAAGACGCUCGCUAAAAUGCGUAAAGCGAUCCCGUGGGCGCGCAUCGCGACGGAGGAUCGUUUAGAUUAUUAAACGGCGGCUGCGCGCGCGCUUCGCUCGCCUUUUCUAGGCCCGCAAGAGGAGAGAUCUCGGUACGCGGAUCCGCGCGGAAGUGAGAGUAUCUCGCGUGCACGGGGGAGAAGGAGGAGGAGGCGGAGGAAGAAGCGAUUCCGAUAAAAAUGUGGGAGCGAGGGAGUUCAUGGAGAGUGAUUUGUAAUCUGGCGUUCAAUUGCGGAUGUCUUGUUAUGAAACGUGUAAAAGUGCGAGUUCGUCAAUUUCUGCCCAGACUUAACUUUAGCAAACGAGAGAGAAUUGCUAAAUAAUAAAUGAUUAUUAUAAUGACAUUAGUAUAUAUAUAUUUACUAUAUAUAUAUAUACUGAUUACGAUACUGAAGCAUCAUCAUCUUUUGUAUCAUUUGUUCGUUUGUUUUUAUCUUACUGCGUUUGUCUUUCAUUAUUAAUGCAAUACCAAGAUGACUCGGUUUCGACUCGGUAUCUUGUGUGUAAAUAUAUAACUAAUAAAAAAAACAUGUACACAAA